UUGAAAUCAGCUGAGAAACCAUUCGAUUUGGAAAUAGUUGCAAAGGUAAGCAAAAAAGAAGAAGAGGAAGAACAAAAAUCGAAUGGUGCUGGAAAGGGUAAAGGAGGAUUAAUUGCAGGUAUUGUAGUUGGUAUUUUGAUUGUAAUUAUUAUUGUUAUUGUCGUAGUGGUUAUAUUAAUAAAGAAGAAAGGACAAAGCAACAAUGAUAAUGAUUCUGAAGAACAGGAAGAAAAAUUGCCAGAAGAGGCAGAAACUAUGACAACUAAUACAAAUGUCGAAACAACUACUGUUGACAAUCCUCUUUUCACAGGUAAUAAGUCGGAUGAAGAUCUUUUUGACAUCAAUGAAAGUGAUAACGAGGCUGAUGAAAUUAAUGUCCAAUUUUAA